AUGGAUCAAGAGGCAGAGAAAGAUCAAGAUAUUACAGAGAGAGGACAGCAAACAGACCAAGAGAGGGAAACUGAUGAAGCAGCUGCAGCAACUCACUACACUACAGCAUUUGAGUCAACCAGAAUUCAGCUUUCUCCUUCCCACAAGAAGAUGCAGACGUUGAGCUGUUUGGUUCUUGCUACAACAGCAUUUGUGUUUGGCUCCGCCUACAUGAUCCCUGAUGAGAAACUGUUCAACAAUAGGGUGUCUGUGUCCAAUGCUCUGCCUCAAAGCCUUGAGAAGAUGUCACCGCCUGUUGUCAUUGUAGAAGUGCCUGACUCUAGCAGUGAAGAAAAAAAGACAAAGAAACAAAAGAAAAAUAAAUCAAGCUUUGGAAUAAAAAACGACCCCCCUCCUCCUGCGAAUUGUAUUCCCUUAUGGGGAAGUUGUAAAUCUCCAAACAAUGUGUGCUGUGAUUUUUGUGCCUUUUGCCAGUGUCGGCUCUUCAGAACUGUGUGUUUCUGCAGAAUGGGAAAUCCUCACUGCUGAACUCCGUCGUGCAGCGACCAGCUCCACAACAAUUUCAUGUUAAAGCCUGCCAGCACAACUGGACACUGCAUGAAGUUAAUCACUUCCAGUAUACUUUGAAUAGUUUAAGCACUUUACUUCCAAGGAGGGCACCACAGUGAACCUCAUGCUUAUGUUACAUCAUUUUACCCAUUUUUAUUAAGCAUGAGCACAACAUAAAGCAUGUGGCGUUAUAAAAAUAACUUGACAGAAGUACAUAAAUGUACAGCAUUAUUCAAAAUAAAUGCUUAACUAUAAAUCAUCUACAUUUUGUGGUUGAGAAUUUCUUAUUCAUUCAGAUUGUGCAAUUGAGCAGAAAUUAAAUG